GUCACUACCAAAGUAGAAAAUUGUCAUGUGCCACGGCGAGACUAUGCCUCAGAGACGAACGCGAAAAGGUAGCCAGAGUUCGGAUGGCCAAGAAGAAGGUCAGCCAAGCAGAGAGCAAAGAAGUAUGAUGCUUCAAAGGAAAAAGGAGUUAUUUAUUCAGCAAUUUGAAAAGGAAGCACAAGCUCGGCUGAAUGAAAUGGAAUCAAAUCUGCAGCAGUUGUUGGCCACUGUCGACCGGGCAUUUAAAGUUUUAAUCAUGAAGUCGCCACAGUCUCUUUUGAAUACAUUACUGAAGGACGUAUUAGCUGACGACGAUCCUGUUGGAGAGGUCACAAUUGCUGUCGGGGCACAGUCUCCUGAGAUACUUAAACCUCUCACUAGAAAACCUUCCAAAAAAGCUAUGAGUGAAGCAGCCACACUGAAAACCACACAAAACAAAAGGGCAACAGGUGGACCCGAGAAAAGGAGGGGCACGACCAGGUCUAUGGAUGUCAGCGAUGGAAGACCUCUGAGGUGUGCUACCACUGCAAGUGCAAAAAGAACUCAGUCCCGUUUUGCCAAUCUCAGUGACCAGUCUCGGCCCAAAGCCAUCAGGUCUAUUGCACGAUCAAUCAGCGAUGAUUUGUCAAUUGGCAAAGUUCUUCCCAGCAAUGUAGCAGUUAUCACAACUUCACAAGGAGAGACACUUUUGCUAAGUGAAGAAACUAAAGAUGACUUCAACUUGGCGAAGGUGGACGAUGUAGCAAUUAUCCAUAUGGAGAGAUUACGGGAUUUGAUAAACCACUUUUGCAACAAAGUGAAGACUAUAUAAUUACUUUUUGUGCUUUUUAGGUUAUUUGUGCUUCAUUUAUUUAUUA